AUGGUUGCUUCAGUGCACGGUUAUGACAGGGAUUGGGGACCCAUCAUUGGUCCCUUCACACCUGGUGUGGUGAAUAUAGCAAGAGAUUGCAGCGAGACGAACGGCAACGCUUGUCUAGUGAUACCCUCUAAGGAAAUCUGCAAGAAAAAGCUGGCUAAGCCAACGGUGCCCUGGUUGCCGCUUCCCUGGUGGUAUUUCUACUGCAAAUGGCUCAUGAGCCCAAAAACGAUGACGAAGUCGGCGACAACCUCGAGCACCGUCCACGAAUUCUAUAUGAACACACUCAAAAACUUAACGAUGUACAGAGAACGAAGGAUUCAAAAUAAAUUUCUC